ACCAACUCGGUCAAAUACUCUCUUUCUCUUUCUUUUUCUCUUUCUCUUACAUUACAUUACUUCUCAGAAAAAGAAGGUACCCGAGUCAAUUGCACCUCCUCUUGUUCUCCACCACCUCCCAUUUAUAUUCCUUCCACCCGCUUUUCUCACCAAUUACUUUCCAGCUUCCAUUCCCCACACACCACAACACAACACAUCACAACACAAAACAUCUUAUUCUCUCUCUUUCUCUCUCACCAACCAACCACAACCAUGGGUAGAUCUCCUUGUUGUGAGAAGGAACACACAAACAAAGGAGCUUGGACCAAAGAGGAAGACGAACGCCUCAUCAACUACAUCAAACUCCAUGGCGAAGGUUGUUGGAGAUCCCUCCCCAAAGCUGCCGGCUUGCUCAGAUGUGGCAAGAGUUGCAGACUCAGAUGGAUUAAUUACCUCAGACCUGAUCUUAAGAGAGGCAACUUCACUGAAGACGAAGACGAACUCAUCAUUAACCUCCAUAGCUUACUUGGAAACAAAUGGUCUCUGAUUGCCGCCAGGUUACCGGGCAGAACCGAUAACGAAAUCAAAAACUAUUGGAACACUCACAUCAAGCGCAAACUCUACAGCCGCGGAAUCGACCCGCAAACCCAUCGACCGAUCAACGCCGCCUCCACCCCUCCGCCAACCGCAGCGGUUUCGCCUCCCUCCACCGCCGCUGUCCCUGUGGCAACGUCAUCGUCCAACAAAAAAAUACACAGCGACAGCAUUAACAGCUCCAACACCCUCGCCCAUGAUGUUGUUAUUAAUAACAACAUCAACGGUAACAACAGCAACGGUUUUCAUUUGGUGAGCCAUACUGGCUAUGCCAACGCCAUAACGAAGGUUGGAACCGACGAAGAUUCUAACAGCAGCAGCGGCGUUACCGUGGAAGAAUCCCUCCCUCACCAUCAAAUCAACUUGGACCUUUCCAUUGGCCUUCCCUCUUCUCGGCAAGUUUCUUCUUCGGUGAACCCAGAAAAGUUGAAAGCGCAAGAGCAUGAUCAAAAACCGCAUGUGUUGUACAAUUGGUAUGGGAACAUUACUGGCCAGAGUGUUUGUCUUUGUUACAGUCUAGGGCUUCAAAGCGACCAAGCUUGUUAUUGCAAAGGCAUGGGUGCUACUGCUACUGCUACAACGGUUACUACAACUGCCACAGACAGUAAUCUAUAUAGAUUUUACAGACCCAUGAAUAUUUAGACCGUGAAUGUCAUGUUAUUUGGUGUGACUUCUCUCUGUUAACAACAUGGAAAUAGUAGUUGUAGAAUCCCAAAUUUUGAGAAAAUCCUAGAUAAUUUUUUGUCUCUA